AUGUCUCCUCCCUCAGUAGACGGGACCGAGAGUCUCUCCCCCACCAAUUCGAGGGGUGAUGAUGAUGAGAACAGCCAGCAUCCCCGCAAGCGUCAGCGCGUCCGCCUGAGCUGUCUGGAGUGUCGCCGGAGGAAGCUUUCUUGCGAUCGCGGCUACCCGUGCCAGCGAUGCCUCAAGAGUGGCACUCCUGACCGCUGCACCUACGAGACCAAGUCUGGCGUUGUUUUGAACGCCAGCUCUGGCGUCCCGCCCGCGUUUGCCCAGCUGGACUCGAGGAGGAACGGCGAAAUGGCAAUGGCCGGCAAGGAAGCCGACAUCUCCGUCAUUCGAGAGGCGGCCAAGGACCAUGACCGUAUCCGCCGUCUUGAGCUGGAAGUCGCUCAGCUCAAGACUCAGCUUACCCGACAAGCCAUGUCCUCCUUCGAUGGGAGCACAGUGGCCGGCACGAACUCACCGCACACCCAGAAGGAAGAUCUCACCGACACGCCAGCUGACCCGUGCGCCAACAACACCGCGCAAAUGGAGAAGUGCUGGCAUCAGUACAGCGACGGGGGUGACAAAUCGGAGCUCCGCUUUUUCAGAGGCAAGGAAUUCAGGACGAGGUAUUUCGGUCCUCACAAUGCCACGAUGGCAUUCAUCGAGUUGACUGGCCUGUGUCCCUUCAUGAAGGAGACGGCAGAUGAGUGGCUGAAGCCAGUAAAGGCUCAUGAUCGCAAAGAUCGUAAGAAGCGCAAGGAAGAUCGGGACAAGUUCUUCCUUCAGCCUGAUUCCCAGCUCGAAGCUCUCAUGCCACCCAAAGAGCAAGUGGAUGCCUUGGUCGAGGUUUACAUUGACCAAUUCGAGCAAAUGCACCGCAUCAUUCACAUCCCCACAUUCAGACGGGAAUACUCACAAUUCUGGGAGAACCCGUCCGAGUCCCGCUACGCCGCUUUCACCGCCCUCGUCCUCGCCAUCAUCUCUGUCGCGAACUGCAUUCACACCCACGAGCACCUGAGAUUCACAGGGAUGGUCUCCAAUGCUCAGACCACUGCUGAGAGAUGGAUCAAGGCCGUCGAGGAAUGGCAGGGCAACCAGAGCGUGAAGCACCGCAAACUCAUCCACUACCAAAUCGCCUGCCUCAUGUAUCUCGCCAAGCGGGUCAACUCUGUUAAGAAGAAGCGCUUCUGGACGAACUCGGGCGCUCUCAUCCAAGAUGGCAUCUCAGUCGGGCUGCACCGCGAGCCCAGCCACAUGUCUGGCAAGAUCUCAGUCUACAACCAGGAAAUGAGAAGGAGGAUAUGGGCCACCGUGCAAGAAUUCGACAUGCAAGCUUCCUUCGACCACGGACUGCCCACAUUGGUGAGCCAGUUGCACUACGACGUGCAGCCGCCCAGAAACUUGGACGAUGAAGACUUCGAUGAGGACACUACACAGCUGCCCCCAUCGAAGCUCGGAAAAGAGUACACCUUUUCCUCUUACCAGAAUCUCGCCCGUCAGAGUCUGCCUUUGCGCAUGGAGCUGAGUAGACUUCUCUGCGGACCGCCUGGAGAGGUCGACUACGACCAAGUUAUCAGGUAUACGAACGACAUCACACACGAAAUCGACUCCCUGCCAUCGUGGGAGCACAACAACAACAACACCCACGGCGGCAAGCGCCCACUCCUCGCCUACACCCUCCUUCACAUCCAGCUCCGCCAGUACAUUAUUCCCCUUCACCAGCCCUUCCUCAAGCUCCGCAAGUCCAACGCCAAGUACCAAUACUCGGAAAUCAUCUACUACAACGCCGCCCGCGAUAUGGUCCUUCUGCACGACAAGCUCUACGAGCAAGGCAUUCGCUGCCUCAACUUCCUGCGCGAAGACACUCUGACCACGGCCGUCAAUCUGUGCAGUGUAACGAUGCUGCAGCCUCGUGGCUCCACCAACAUGAUCAUGAUCAACUCCCAGCACACCGUCAAGCUUCUCGAGAAGUGCCUCUCGAUGAAAGAGGACAGACUCCUGCGGACCGGCAACAACGAGCCAUGGGGCUACUCCAUCAUGUGCUCGUCACUCGGCCUCCUCGAAGCCCACUUGGGAACGAAGACGACGGAACAAGCGAAGGCCUCCUCGGCAGAGCGCUUCGUCAACCUGCACUACAAGCUGCUGGCGAACCAAGAACCGCCGGUAUCGAGUCAUCAAUCGGAGCUGUCCAAGAUUCCCGGCCUCGACGUCCCCGAAAGACCAAAGUCCGUGACGCCCUUCUCCUUCCAGGGUUACCCGGCGUCCCAAAACACCAUUGACGGACUUCUGCCUCAACCGCUGCCAUGGAUGUCUACAUCCUUGGACCCGCAGACGCAGCAACAGUACAAUCCCGACUUUAAUCUUGAAGCUCUGGGAUUGAACCUGAACGAGUUGUGGGGAGAAUCGUGGGACUUUAGCUAA